AUGCCGCAGCCCUUCGAGCGAGACUUGCUCGGCGAGCAGCUCGACGCGGCCAGAGACGGCAUCCCUGCAAGCGUAUCGCAGCGCCUCCUCCUCAAUCUUCCAGAGGCAUCGCUCGACGUGGCACUGGCUGCCACUAUCGAGGCGAAGGCGUCCACCAAAGUCAAUAUUUGGCAGGGCCUGUUCGCGCGCUCGGCGGCCAACGCCGCCUCACAGCCGACGGCUGGCGCGCCGGCGCCAACGCCGGAAGUUGUGGCCACGGCGGCGGCUGCAACUAGGCUGCAGGCGAUUGAGCGUGGCCAUCUGCUCAGGCGGCAUCAGGCGGAGCAGGCCAACGCGGCCGCCAAGAUUGAGGCCGCUGCGCGCGAGCGGAUAGGAAGAAGAGGACGAAACCAAGCAGCACCGCCACCGAGAACAACUGCUGCUGUGGAUUUGCCAGACCCUGAUGUGGCGCCCCAGUCUUUGGAUUCGGCGGCGCCGGACGUUGUGCCCAUGAAGGCGUCGUUGCUGCACCACAGGAGGGUCCCGUUCAAGGGGAUGGUGGUGGCAUGGUACCUUUUGCUGGGCGGCCUCGGCGGCCUCCUCCUCUACGCGAUCGAGUCGAAACAGUCGGGCCUCGGCCUCGCUGACGCCAUCUUCCUCGCCGUCUCCGCGUCGACGUGCACCGGCCUCGCGACUUUCAACAUCACCGCCUUUGGCGACGCCGCCAAGGCGCUGCUCGGGCUUCUGAUGGUGGCCGGCUCGUCGAUCCUCAUCUCGGCGGUGCCGCUGCACCUGCGCCACGCGGCACUGCGACGGAACGUGCCAGAGGGGCUGAGGCACGUCGCGCUCAAGGAUCUGCGCCGCUGCCCAGAGUGGCUGGUCGAGCUCAACUCGAUGCGGCUCCUCCUGUACGCCAUCUACAUCUACCAGGCAGCCCUCCUCCUCGGCGGCUUCUGCUUCAUCUACGUGUCGGUGCUCGCCACGCCCGUCGAGGAGAGGGGCGUGUGCGACUACCCAAGCUACUCGACGGCGAGUACGGCAGGCCAGCCACCCUCAAACGUCACCGGGCUGCCGUGCCGGCCCGGCCGCUUCGCCGCGUUUGUGUCUGUCGCCGCCUUUGCGAACGCGGGCAUGACCAGCGAGCCCGGCUCACUCGAGGCCUUCAACGAGGAGAUUGGCCUGCUCUCUGUUGUCACCGUGCUCGCCCUUGCAGGUAAUGUGCUCUACCCGGUCUUGCUUCGGCUCUCUCUCCAGGCUUACCUUCAGUGUAUCCCGAUCGACGACGCGAGGCGCCUGUGGGCGCGCCACCUCCUCCUCUCCGGCCGCAAGAUGUAUGGUUACCUCUUCUCGACCGAGCAAACCACAACCCUCUUCCUCACGCAACUGGCCGUCUGGGCCGCGCAAACCUUCACCACCUGGUCGUUCUUUGUCCGUGAGGCGCACCGUGGCAUGAUCCGCGUCUACGGGUCCAGGCUCGGCGGCGUCUCAAAGAUCCUCUCCGACCUCGCCGCGUGCGACGCCGACGUGCAGUGCUUCCGAACAAUGGAGGAGCGGCUCGCGCUGCCCGACGAUAUGUUCAUGUCGGUCGAGACGCGCCACGCUGGCUUCGCAAUCUAUUCGCUCGCCAACGAGAACACGCCCGUGCUCGCGAUGUACAUGCUUGCAAUGAUGAUGGCGCCCGUCCCGCUCAUGAUCGCCGUCCACGCAUCCUCGCGCCACGGAGCCGCUCUCGAGAGCCCCCUACACGACGGCCCCCACACGGCGGCCCCCACCGCUCUCGGUGUCGGCGGGCGGAAGAGCGUGUCUAUCGCAGAGCACUGGGCGCGCCGGCACUCAAUCGUCCGCACAACCGGGACCGGUGCAGCGCGAGCGGCGCUCUCGCGGUCACGGAUCCGGAUGGCGGAGCAGAUCGACGAACUCUCCCUCGCCCUCGCGCGGAUUCCGUCGGUCGACCCGCGGGUAUCGGCCGAAUCGCGGACGUCAGAGGCCUCGGUCGCCGAUCUGGGCGUGCUCCAGCUUCAAGCGAUGUUGUGGCACGGCGAACUGACGUGGGGGCAGACGCUUCGCCACCACCUUACCGCGUUCUCGCACGCCGUCGGGGGGUUUGUUGGCGGUCCCACCCUGCAGCGCGACCUGCUUUUUGCCUGGCUGGCGUGGUUCCUGGUUCUCGCCUUCGACCCGGAUUUGCCGCACGGGUCGAACGGCGCUGCUUUCGACGCGCUCUUCGAGGUGUGCUCCGCCUUUGGCAACGUUGGCCUGUCGAUGGGCUACUCACGCGACACCGAGCUCGAGAACGUCCGUCCGGGCACGCCGCAGACCUUUGUCGACUCGCUGCCGCGGGGCGAGACGGGCCUCUCAUACUGCGCCUGCUGGCCGAACCUCUCCAAGGCGGUGCUGGUGGCGGUGAUGAUUUAUGGCAGGACGAGAGCGCUGCCGCAGCAAGUCGACUACGCCCUCACGCUCGCCAUCGAGAUCCCGUCUUCGGACAUGUCGCCCGUCGAGCUGCUCCUCAGCCCGGGCGGGGAGCGCGACAGCGACGAGCGCGACUCGACGCGCGCGCGCGGCUCCUGGCUCUUCUCGCAGGCCGACUUGCGCGGCUUGGCUCGGCGGCUGACUGGCAGCACGCCCGCCCACCACCCGGGCGCCGUGCCACAGCGCGACGGCGUGAGUUCGGGCAACGAGUCUACGGACGAAGCUGGAACGCUCGGCGACCUGCUUGAUGCUAGGGCUCCGGACGACGAGGGCGCGUCGGGGUCGCAUGCGAGACCGGAACAGCGGGCGAACAAGGUGCUGGUGUGA